UCUCGUUCUGUGGAACAAAUAGAAAUGAGCAGAGUAUCUUUAUCUCUAUCUGAGACAUUCAGAGUGUGUCACGCAUACGCUGAACCUGAAGAAAACCUUCUUGUCUUCCAUUCACUUUCCAUUUCCGAACGGUUUCUUCUAUAUUUGUUUAUAUGUUCGUGAUUGAUGCUAUUGACAACAUAUUGACAACAUUGACAACUAGAGAAAAAUACGAAUAAUGAUAAACAGAUGUAUAAUUCAUUAUGCAAUUCUAUAGAAUUAAAUCUUAUUUAUCUUCAGAUAUAGAAACUAUAUUUAUUAGCUGAAACACUAACGCAUAUUCGAUACAAUAUAAUCUACUUAACAAAUGUAUAAUGUAAUCUCGUUUUAGUUGUAAUAUGUGAUUAAUUCUUUUGCUAUUUCGCUAUGAACAGUUUUUUGUGCAUAUAAUAUUUUUUUAUAGUAUCCUAAUAGAUUGUCAGAUAUUGUAAAGAAAAUAAGAUACAGUUACUAAAGUCUGGGAAUAUUCAAUGUUAACCUUACUUCAAAAAAUAAUCUUUCGAAAGAAUGGGGGAAUAGAUUUUUAGUAUUAUAGUUGGUAUAAUGCCACCAUUGUUUACAAUGUGUUACAGUUAAAGAAAUGAGACAAAUUAAUAUUUCAGAAGCAAAUUCAAUAUUUAAAUGAUGUUAUUUUAAAAUGGCAGAUGAUAUGAAUGUUCUUUUUAUACGAGGGAAUGGAAACGAUACAGACACAGCCAACGAUAAUGUUUGGGAUGAUAGUGCAUUAAUAGAAGCAUAUGAUAAAGCAAUAAAUUUAGCAAAAGAAGAAGUUAUCAAGCGAAUGGGAAUGGAUGUUGAAAAUUCUCAACUGAAAGAAAACCUACAAAAUUUUAAGCAGCCUAAACACGCAAGUAAAUUACACAAGAAAUGGAUUAUAGGAGCACCUUGUCGUGCAAUAUACUCAGAGGAUGGAGAAAUUUAUGAAGCUAUAAUAUCAAAAAUUUAUGAAAACAAUGGAACUUGUGUUGUAAAAUUUGUAGGCUACGGUAAUACAGAGAAAGUCGAGUUGAGUUCUCUUUUAGAAUCAGAAGGUUUGCAAAGUCAAAUAGCACAACAAAAGAAAGCUGUGGAGGAGAAAUUCUAUGAAGAAAAUGAUGAGACUUGUGAGACUAAUUUUUCUACAAAUGUAAAUUCGAAAAAAUAUAAUGGAGAAAGAAUGGAUUGUGACUCUGAAGAAGCAAAUGCUUAUAAACAUCAGUUCAUAGCGGGACCAUCUUUCAAUUCGAUGACUGACAUAAUGCCACCUGCACCUCCUUUACCACCGCAAUUGAUGGCCAAAUUACCAGACAAUGAUACAGACGCACUUUCAAGUAUGUUGAUGUCAUGGUAUAUUAGUGGUUUUCAUACAGGUUAUUAUCAUGGUUUGAAGCAAGCAAGAAACAAUCAGGAGAACAGGAAGAACUGUUGAUUAUAUUAAUUUUUUUAAUAACAAUGUAACGAUAAUAUAGAUAUAAAACUCAUUGUAUUUAUUUACUUUGAAUUGUAAUAAUAAUUUCAACUGAUAUUAAUACAUUGUAGAAAA